AUGGCCGAGUCCCAGCUGAGCUGCCUGGACGAGACCCACGUGAACGAGCGGGUGACAGAGGCGCAGGCCGCCUUCUACUACUGCGAGCGGCGACGGGCCGCGCUGGAGGCGCUCCUGGGCGGCGGCGAGCAGGCCUACCGCGAGCGGGUCAAGAAGGAGCAGCUGCGGGACUUCCUGUCCAGCGAGGAGCGCCAGGCCCUCUGCGCCGCCUGGAGCCCCUACGAGGACCCCGCCCCCGCCGCGGCCACCACCUCCCGGGGCAAGAGCAAGGCCAAGGCCAAGGCCCCGCCGCAGACCCCGGCCGAACCCUGCGAGUCCCUGGCCUACUGGCCCGACCGCUCCGACACCGAGGUGCCCCCGCUGGACCUAGGCUGGACCGACACCGGCUUUUACCGCGGCGUGAGUCGCGUCACCCUCUUCACUCACCCCCCCAAGGAGGAAAAGGCACCCCACCUCAAGCAGGUGAUCAGGCAGAUGAUCCAACAGGCCCAGAAGGUCAUUGCUGUGGUCAUGGACCUCUUCACCGAUGGCAAUAUCUUCCAAGACAUUGUGGAUGCUGCCUCUAAGCGCCGGGUCCCCGUGUACAUCAUCCUGGAUGAGGCUGGAGUGAAGUAUUUCCUGGAGAUGUGUCAGGGCCUAGAGCUCACUGACUUCCGUAUUCGGAACAUCCGUGUCCGUUCUGUGACAGGCAUGGGCUUCUGCCUGCCCACGGGGAAGAUCAAGGGGACCCUGUCAUCAAAGUUCUUAAUGGUAGAUGGUGAAAAAGUAGCCACAGGAUCUUACAGGUUCACCUGGAGUUCCUCCUACGUGGACAGGAACCUUCUCCUCCUCUUGACAGGGCAGAACGUGGAGCCCUUUGAUGUGGAGUUCCGGGAACUAUACGCCAUCUCUGAGGAGGUGAACUUGUACAAGCUCCUGGGCCUGGCAGGAGGUGCAGGCAGGCUUGGCCUUAACUACUCCUCCACUGUGGCUCGCAAGCUUAUCAACCCCAAGUAUGCCCUGGUGUCCGGCAGCCGCCACCCGCCGGGGGAGAUGAUGCGCUGGGCUGCCCGGCAGCAGCGGGAGGCUGGUGGCAACCCAGAGGGGCAGGAGGAAGGCAGCAGAGGCCGGGCAUCAGCCGAGCGCCUGGAGAACUUUCUGAAUGACCUAGUCACGCUGGAGCAGGUGCUACCCCCCGUAGAGCCUAUACCCUCAGGAGAGCUGAGUCGGAAGGAUGGCAGGGUGGUCUCUCACCUGCACGUGGACCUCAAACCCCGAGAGCCUCUUACCCGAAAUGGCAAGGGAGAAGCUGUCAACGGGGAGGCCACCCCAGCCAAGCGCUUUAACUACAGGUUCUUCAGCCGCCGGGCCAAGAGGCCUGCAGUGCCCAACGGCAUGGCCAACUCCCUCUCCACCGAGAACUUUGCUGAAGUGGAGUUUAGGAUGGGGAAGAGGCCCAAUGAUGGCUCCAGUGCCGACACCUCAGGUAAAACAAGUCCCAGUCCUGCCAAGACCAGCAAUUGUGUGAUUUCCUGAGCUGCAGGCCAGCAGUGGGCAGGACCUGUGGAUGCCCUGCUGUUCUGUCCUGUGGAGAACACAGGUCAAACCCUGCACCAGUUUGCACAUCGGACCCCUACUGUCUUCCUGCCUAGAAGCCUCCAUCCUGGCCCCAGGAUCCCUGAAUCCCAGAUGUGAGAAUCUGCCACAUCUCAAGGCAGUCACACAUCUCCACAGGACCACUGUGGCUGGGCAGGGGUCGCUCCUCCUUGUUUACAUGAAGUGAAAGCUUGACUAGCGUCCUCUCUCCUUUGUGCCCGACCCCUUCCCUCCACGGGGCCAGCCUCGCCCUGCCCAGAUGGGGUGAGCCCAUAUCUUUCUACCUUAAUGUGACAGGGUUUCCAGGGCAGCCCCAGCCUCCUGACUUCUUUCCUGGGCUUCCUGGUGCUUCUGGUCCCCCCAACAGGCUUGGUGGAAUAAAAGGGAAGAUGACAGGGACCCUUGCUCUAGCCUCUGAACUGAAGAUAGAUGAUGCUAGGUCAGCUGGGACACUGGCUACUGUGGCCUUCUGGGGGGUCCCUGCAGCCUCUUGCACUAGACUCUGAAUGAAAUGAGGGUGAGCCAGAGGCAGAAUUUGACACUGCCAUUUGGAGAGCCCUUGUACUAAGGUCUCCGUUCCCUCACUCUGCCCCAUCUUGGAGCUCUCUGCCCCAAGGGGUCUAGGCUUCCUUGGCUGUUGCCUGCUGCAAACCCUCACAGGGUUCUUCUAGUGCUGUUACCUGGGGCCACUCCCUCCCCUUCAUGUGCCUUGAUUUGCAGCCCAAGGCAGGGAGAGAGCUUGGCCAAGAGGGAGAUCCGGUGGUGUGGGAGGCUGGGCCCGUUGGACAGGAACAUUUGCCCUCUCCCCACCCCUGAGAUGGCCCUUAGUCCCCGUAUCUAGUUACAUUUCAGCCCAAGACAAGCCUUAGCCCCCCUGCCAAAAGUCAGACUGUGUUUAGGACCCUCAGCCUCUUCAAGAGUCUCAUUGCCAUGAUGUCAGGCCAGCAAGUCUGCCUGAAACCACACACUGCCCUCACCCUACUUGUGUGCCUUGGGGUCUGAGGAAAGAGUGUGUGAAUGCACACCAGAGAG